AUGUUCGUUUUCGGCGAAGUACAAGAUCCUAACCCGGAGACUGUAAACUUGGUGGAGGAUAUUGUCCGAAGCCAGCUUAUCGAACUGAUUUUACAAGCACGCGCGUUAGCUGUGAAACGCGGGGCACGAUAUCUGUCCGCAGAAGACCUUAUAUUCCUCAUUCGGCAUGAUAGAGGAAAGGUCAACCGACUACGAACGUACCUAUCAUGGAAGGAUGUUCGAAAACACGCGAAAGAUUCGGGAGGAGACGGCGUAGAAACUUUGGACGACGGCCCAGACGGUGAGAAGCAACGUUCUUAUCAUGUCCCUCCCGAUAUUUACCCUCUCUCCUCAGACAAACUGACAGCAAAGGCGCAGAAGAUCACAAUCAAGCUGCCUUGGGAGAUUACGACUAUUUAUUCAGAAGUGUUGCGACAAAGUGGACAUCAGUCAGAUGACGAGGAAGACGAAGAUGAUAUUGAAGCGCACGAAGCUUCCAUACAACGAUUAAAGGAAGCUGAUGAUGCCACCCGACAAAUGACGCGAGAGGAAUACCACCAUUACUCUGAUUGCCGCCAGGCUUCGUUCACUUAUCGAAAAGCGAAGCGCUUCAGGGAUUUCCUCAAUCUGCCACCUCAGCUUGACCUGAAACCCAACGACGACACAGUCGACAUCGUCGGAUUUCUGGCCUUUGAGAUGGUCCGAUCCCUCACUCUCGCUGGGCUUACAGUCAAGAAAUCACUAGAAGAAUCAGUUCUUCGUGACGACUAUACCUCACCUUCACAAGGUAAAAGAAAGGCAAACGGAGGUGUUGUGAAUACCCUAUUCCUGCCUCCGCCAGAAGCAAGAACCGCGUUGCGCCCAGAACAUAUUCAGGACGCCUUUUCUAGAAUGCAGGGUGAUUGGGCCCAUCGCCGUUCCGCUGGCAUGCAUAACUGGCGAGGAGGGUUGGUGCGGACGAGAGUCAGCCUUAUUUAG